AUGGGUUGCUGCAUGGCGUCCUACCGGUCGCAGUGCAUGGGGUGCCUCAACGAGUUCAUCGAGCUGGGUGCGCUCGAGUGCCUGGGUGCCUCGGAGGCACAGUGGGAGAGGAGCGGCGGCCUGGAGCUCGACCCCGUGCUCGGCAGUGGAGCGGUCGUCCUGAUGGACGCGAAGUGGAUGGUGAGGCGAGCGCGCACUGGCGGCGUCCUCGAGCCGCGCCAGGCGUUGCCGCCGACGGCCUUCAUGCCCCACAGCGCCGUCAAGUUCGCCAUUCCCUUGGUACCCGUGCUGCACAUCGCGUGCAUAUCACACUGCUGGCUGCAGGCGAACCACCCGGAUCCACGCGGGCACAACCUGCGCAUCGUGGGCCAGGCCCUGCAGCUGCUGUCGGCUCAGAUUCUUUCGAGGACGAUGCCCUCGGCCGCUUCGAGCUGGAGCAAGGAGGCAUUGGGGAGCCUGGGGAGCUUCUACUCCCACCCCGCCACUGUCGUCUUCAUGCUGACGCGGUUUCCAGAUGAUUACGGCGAUGCUGCAAAGUACACCCGGUCGGGCAACACGGAGCAGUACUUCAACCGUGGCUGGUGCUUCUGCGAGUCCUCCUGGGCGAUGCUGACGAAGCCGUCUUGCCUCCUCUUGGACCUCGGCCGAUCCACGGGAGCGGAGACCGACUACGGGGCGCUGAUGGCGGCUUGCGCCACGGGGCGCCGGGCGCCCCUCCUGCCCGACGCCUUCGACGUGCAGCUGCAGAGCAAGGGUUUCACCAACGGCAAGGACGACCGGCCCCGGGUCGCCGAGCUCUACCGCUCCGCCUUCGCGCAGCGCUUCGAGGCCGCGGAGGCGCAGCAGCUGGCCGCCGUGCUCGCCUCGGGCGCCGCGCCCCGGCUGCAGGGGCUCGACCUCCACGGCAACCGCGUGGGCGACGAGGGCGCCGAGCGGCUGGCGGAGGCCCUGAGCGCCCCGGGCGCGCUGCCCCGGCUGCAGUGGAUCACCCUCUUCGAAAACCGCGUGGGAGACGAGGGCGCCGCGCGGCUGGCGGAGGCCCUGCGCGCCCCGGGCGCGCUGCCCCGGCUGCAGGAGCUCUACCUCUUCACCAACCGCGUGGGCGACGAGGGCGCCGCGCGGCUGGCGGAGGCCCUGCGCGCCCCGGGCGCGCUGCCCCGUCUGCAGUUGCUCAGCCUCAAACACAACCUGCUCGGCGGGCCGGGCCGGGCGGCGCUGCGCGCCGCGUGGGCGGAGGCCGGGCGCCCAGUGGGCGGCCUGGUGCUCGACUGA